UAGUAGAGACUAGAGAGGCCACAGGCGGCGGCGGCAGCAGCGGAAGUCUCUCGUCUCGUCCGUGGAGAAAGGGGGAAGACGAAGAUGUCGACGGAGGCGGAGACCACCAGCGCCGCCGCCCCCGCCCCCGCCCCCGCCCCCGCAUCGGCGCCGGCGCGGUGCCAGCGGAUAGGCUGCGACGCCACGUUCACCGACGACAACAACCCCGACGGCUCCUGCCAAUACCACCCCUCCGGACCUAUGUUUCAUGAUGGCAUGAAACAGUGGAGUUGCUGUAAGCAAAAAAGCCAUGAUUUUAGCCUAUUUUUGGCUAUUCCUGGGUGCAAAACUGGAAAGCACACAACUGAGAAACCAAUCACAAAAGCAGUUCCUACUAAACCAUCAAAGGCAGUUCCAGUCCAGACUUCGAAGCAGAGUGUGGGAGCUGACACUUGCUCAAGGUGCCGUCAAGGUUUCUUUUGCUCUGACCAUGGAUCACAACCCAAGGCACAAAUACCAACCGCUACCAGUGAUACUAACAUGGUACCUGUUGAGAAGCCUGCAGUUCCACCACCAAAGAAAAAAAUUGAUCUGAAUGAGCCUAGGGUUUGUAAGAACAAAGGAUGUGGUAAAACCUACAAGGAGAAGGAUAAUCAUGAUGAAGCAUGCGAUUACCAUCCAGGACCUGCAGUUUUUCGCGACAGGAUUAGAGGGUGGAAAUGUUGUGAUAUUCAUGUCAAGGAAUUUGAUGAAUUUAUGGAGAUCCCUCCGUGCACAAAGGGUUGGCACAAUGCUGAUGCCGCAUGAAUUUUCACCAUGCCCCAUCUUGGAAUAAGAACCCUAUUAGCAUAAGGUUCUCUUGUAUCUCGUAGUGCAUAAGGUGCAAUUUUUAUGGAGAAUUUUACUUGGAGUUGGGGAGUGUGGCAAAGAUACCGAGAAUAGGCUGUUUUACCGUGCUCUGUGUGACUGCUGCAAAAGUGUGCGUGGUGUUUCAUUUUUUGUCUGAAACGGGGACUUGAAAUUGUGUGUGGAGACUUCGGUCUCGUUCGUUGGCUCGUUGCCAAUUCUUCAUAGUUAGAAAAUCAAAUGCUCCAUCUAAAUGCUAUCCUGCAGACUUUUGGUAACACCCAUCUUUCUGUUUAUAUGAGAAAUAACAUGAUUUCGUUAUCA